AUGUUCCACUUCUACUACUGUCACCUGCCAGAGCUACAGACGAUGAGGUCUGUAUCUGGGGACUACUCGCUGCAGGCAGCCAUCCACCAUAAUUAUGCUUUAGUCUUCCGCCUACCUGCACGACUCUUCUCGGCCACCAAGAGAGCAAAAUCGUGUAUCCAUAUCUCGCCCAGAGCGAUAGAGAACUCGGUUUCGGUUCUCUCUACUUCAAACCCCUCUACAAGAGCGACAAAAAAUCCUUGGGUAGAGGCUGUGGUUCCUGUUGAGCCGGAUGCGGUUUCGGACGCAUGCGCAGUGCCAACCGGAAAGGAUAAAUCCCAACCGCUCGUGAUUCCAAUCAGGAUCACUGUUAGCGGUCGCUGGGGCUCACGGUUAUCCGCCCUCCUCAAGUCGGUGGGCAAAUAUACGCCUCCGGCCCCUAGCCACCUUGAAAAUAGUCCGUUGCCUUUCAAGCGGAUGAGCCUCGCUACUGGGCUUUCUUCAGAUGUCGAUGGAUCUUCCAUAUGCCCUACAGAGUUUACAAGGGGAAAAGGUUGCCCUGAGCCCGCCCUUUCGAGCGGGCUGUCCGAUCCGUGAGUUAUUCUUUCGCUUAAUUUUGGUUCUCCCUGCCGCCGCUCCGGUCAUGCGAAACCUAACCCUAACCUUUCUGUAGGCUCCGCCACAACGAUCAUCCCCCCGAAUACACUGCAGUUAUGCCUGAGUCGCGGGCUCCUGAGGGAGGUCAAGGGACGCCUGGAAAGGAUGCCGUUGCUGCGAGGGGUAAAGCUGCGCUGCCUUUCCCCAAGAAAAAUAGCAAAGUUGAUCUUGACGGCCGGCUAGCGCGACACCAUGUAUCACUCGACACAAACCCGGCUGUGGCGGGUACUUGUGAGGCUAUUCCCGAAAAUUGUAAGUUAGACCCUGGAAAGGGGCCUGGAGAAGGGGAAAUCCAUGAUAUCUGGUUACUAAGAUUGAUGAAAAAGGUGUUGGGCGCAAAAAGAACGAGGGUUUUCCGAGUGGAGGUGCUGACGAGCACGCGACCUGCGUAACGGGAGAAACCGGGCUAGACCUUGGGGUUGUUCCUGGUCCUGCCCUCACCCUUGCCUCGUCUUCUGCCCCUACUCUUGGGCCUACCCAUGAGGUAAAGGUAAGUAAGGUUUCACGACAACCGGUGGUAGAAAGCAACUUUCUCCACUUUUACAGCACUUUGAAGCCGUACAUCGUCCAACGCGAGCUUCCGUCCCGUUUUGUCAAGAGAAUACCUCGCCCCAUUGACAACGGAGCUUUGCCGGAAAGUGAUGGCUUUCGUGUAUUAGAAGGUCCAUUCACUUGUCCGGCUGGUGGGACUAGUACUCCCGGGGUACAAGAACCACCAUUCAAGUUCCCACCUUUGCCGACGAAUUGUGGCGCGCUUCGUGAAAAAGAGUCUGGGAUCAAGCAUGCUAACCCAUGCCUGGCUCCGGUGAUAGCAGCAUCCACAGACUCUACCAGCCACCAGCUGGUAUCUCGGUCCAUCGUGCCGGCGAGACUUUCGGACGAGGUGCUCAGGAAAGCCAUGACAUGGGAUCUCGACAUCCUCCAUGCACGCACCGGGUUCGCACAGCCAUUGAAUUCGGCGCUGCGCUCCAUGCAAAACAAGUGGGAGAUUCUGAAAUUCGACUUGGCGUUCGAAAUAGGUGGUGCAUCCAUGUUUCGUGACAGCUAUGGCUUCGCAGCCAAACCUCUGGAGUUGCAACCGCCCUGUUUGUCGCCUCGUAUAACCGAGCUUGAUGAUGAGGAUGGGCCUGUUUCGCACAAAGCUGCUGGAGAGAUCCGGUCCUACGGCGGUGAGGCGAGCGGGAGCGGUGGUGUACAGGCUCGGCAAGGGUCUGGGUCGAGUGCUCAUUUCAAAAAACCUGGGUCUACCCGCCUCCCGCGCAGCAGAAAGCGUCCGAGCGACGACGAUGAUGGUGACGGCAGAGGCAGGAAAAGGGAGCGAAGAGAAGAGCCACCAGUCGGCAAUGACCCUCCGCCCCCUGACUCGGAAGGUGAGGGUGUCCCUUGUCCCUACUGGGUGAGGGAUCGCCAGAACUGCAAGAAGAAGUCCUGCAUGAGGAGGAAGAAGAACCUCAGCAAACUCAAGUGCGUGCCCUACCACCCCGAUGUGGUCAUCUCAUUGAUCCCAAAAGCAGUCUUUGCUGACUUACAUAAACUUGCGCAGGGAACAUCUUCGGAGGGCACAUUUCCUACACCUUGGCUGCCCUUUCGGGAACUGUAGAUUUCACGCCGGGGACAAGUUCCAGAUCAACAGGCAUCAAAAGACUGCUCAUCCUGGCCAGGUUGAGAUGGAGCCUAUUCUACGGACCACAGAUCCCAGCCUCUCGAGGAAGAAUCAAGCCUUGGCGACUAGAAACUUAACGUGGGAGCAAAUAUGCGAUAUCUGCUUCCGGGAGGAGCCCGAAGACCUGGUAACUGAGCCCAUCGUGGGCACUGAUGGAGGUUAUGGUCUCGGGAGUGAAGGUGAGGAAGAGGAGGAAGUGGAAGAAUUUUAUGACGAAGAAGGCGACGGUGAGGACUAUGAAGACCAAGAAGACCGUGACGACCAAGAGGACCAAGAGGACCGAGAAGGCCGAGAAGAUCAGGGGGAUCAAGCAGACCGUGGCGACCAUAGCGGCCAUGAGGCUCGUGAAGAAUACGUAAAGUAUCAGGGUGGACGCGCUAGUAAGUUGUGGCAUCUCUUUUUAUGUAUUCGAAAUCUGACCUUUAUAGGCAAUUACCGUGCUUUUGAUGUUGAAGAGGGUCGCCGGGGGGACUUUAUUCCUCCUAGUCCUUUCGGGGCUGACCAGAGCAUACUCAGCAAUGGAGCUCCAACAAUUCCUGAUACCCCUGAACCUCUCCUAGCGGAUAGCGAAGAGCUCCCGUUUGAUCCUUCCGAAUUUCAUUGGCCUGAACUCCCUGCUUCCCCUGCCCCCGAUCGCAAUAACUUCCAUGGACAGCCUCCCCUUUCGAGCCUUGCCGACAAGGUUUCUUGGGAGGUGGCUGAGGACCACAUCUCUUCCAGAAUUGAAGAUUUCCGUAGGGCUUGUUUCGAAGGUCUGAGAAAUCGUCACGGAGCUUCACCGAGAACAGCCCAGCAGAUGGGCCAUGUCUUGCAAGAUAUAGACAGGUUUUUCCGGGAUAUCGGGCACUCGGCGAAUGUUGCCCUAAACCUGCCGGACGGUGGGAGCGGGCCUGUCGCCUACUGCGCUAGAGGUAUGAACAAACCCCAAUCCUAAUUGCCUCUUACAAGCACUGGCUAACAUCAUCCUGGCAGACUCAUGCUCAUAUCCGGUGCGGCCCACUGGCCAAGGCUCGAUUCCGCUUGACCUUUCGGUACCUCAGGCGUUGUUCCAGGACCCAACGGGCUUCCCGCUUGGGGGAGAUAGCUCUACCCCACCGUCUCUCACCCACGACUCUAGGUCGUCGCACGGCUCGGCACUGCGCAGCGUUUUCCCCCCGGCUUUUUUCGCGGAUGGCGUGCCCUUCCCCGGGCUCCAGCCUGCCAUGGCUUCUGGUUCGCAACCGGGAACCUCCGGUAUGGCAGGGCCCGAAGCUGGAGGAAAUGCUAUCCACGACCCCUUGGGUCAUGUCUUGGCUCACGGGGUUCCCGGGGGUGGCUGGUCUGUUGGCGGUGUUCCGCUCGGGACGCAGCCCGGAUUUGGUCCCUCACAUUUCUGAAAUCUGGAGGCGGAGGAAAAAAAAAAGGCUUUGAGAUUUUUGUUUUUAUUUUCUCUUGUCUUUGGCAGGGCUAGUCAUGCUCUUCGAUUAACCAUGCUUGGGUCGGCAAUCUCUGGUGUGUUCGCCGAAAAAGCCAUGUGCUUUCCCCUCUUUUACAUAUAUCAUACAGUAUUUUUGGUUUGUGGCGUUGUUGGGGUUUAAGGUUGGAAAAAGUUUUAUAUCAUACCUAAAAGUGGUUUUCUUUUUUCUUUUUUCUUCUUUUCUUCUUUUCGUAAAUCUAUUUGACUCCUAUCCGCAUGCAUGUGUAUCAUGUUAUUUUUUCUUUCUUUUUCUCCCGAUACAAAACAAAAAAACUGCUUGAUGUCGCACGAAGAGGGUAUUUUACUUUUACUUUUAUUUUUAUUUAUUCACGCUUCUCACUCUUCCAUCUCGAAACUUUUUGCAGACGGGACUUCAGGCGAAGGUGUAAAAUCGGUAUCCUGGAGGCGCCUUGCGUUGUUCGAUAUCCUUAUUGCUUUAUGGUUGUCCGGUUUCGGGGGUUGGGUUUUCUGGUGUUGAUUGGCCAGUGGGAAUUUGUGUUAUGAUUUUAGCAAUGAGAGCAAAAGAAAGGAUGACCUGCUCAACGUG